AUGAAGGUUGUUCUGAAUGAGCAGAGAAUGGAUCGUUACCAAAAGAUGCAGUGUUGGGUGAUCUUGAAGCGCUUCAUGGUUGGAAGAGAUGGCUGGGCUUUCAAUAAGACUGUGGAUCCCAAGAAGUUAGGGAUUGUUGGUAACAAAUGUGAGAGUGUGUUGUUGAAGCCAAUAGGGUUUGAGGAUAUAGAGUCAAAGCUGCACAAAUUCGUGUAUUCAGGGCCUCAUGAAUUUGCAAACGAUAUGAGGCUUUUGUUUUCUUAUGGAUUCAUGUACCCUCAAAGGGAUCAGAUUCAUAGAAUUGCAAGGAGAUUCAGUGAGAGCUUUGAAAUUACUUGGAAGGCUUUGACGGAAAAGUGGUCCACUGAAGAGAGGAGAAGGAACAAGAUCUUCAAAAGGGGAAGAAUGAAUAAUAAAGCGGUUCCCCAAAAGUUUUAG